GCUCGGAUAAGUAUCCAAAAUGAAAAUCCUAAACUCAUACCCCUUAUUUCUUGUGUUAAUAAUUAUAUCAUCUAGUUUAUGGAGACCAUCUGAGCUACGUAAAGAUAAAGACGACUGUAUACACCGGUGUGGAAAUAUUGAUAUACCUUACCCGUUUGGUAUUCGCCCUGAGACCGCAAAUCACUGUUUUUUAGACCCCAACUAUGCAGUCUCCUGUAAUUCCUCUUCUUCAUCACAACCAAAACCAUUUCUACAGAAACUCAACCUCGAGAUUCUUGAAGUUUAUCAUUUUUAUUAUUAUAGGACAUCGGGAGUAUGGGGUUAUUGGGGUAUGGUAACUGUAAACAUUCCGUCAUCAACUACUUGCCCUAGUGAUGGCCUUACUGAGAGGAGCCACAACCUUACCAACUCCCCCUUCAGAUAUUCAGUUUUGGAGAAUGUUUUAGUGUCUGUGGGAUGCGAUGGAUACGCUUUAUUGUUAAAUGAGACUGGUGGAAUCAUUGCAGGAUGCUCCUCUGUUUGUACCCUUAAUCCGCCUGCAUCAGUUUUAAGAGGAAACAGAUGCAAUGGCUACCGCUGUUGUCAGGCUAAAUUGGCAUCUGCAUCCAUUGAUGAUGAACCAGAGACAGAGAUCAAGGAAUACAGUACAAGUGUGAGCACCACCAAUGUCUCUGGAAAUUGCAGGGCUGCCUUCUUGAUUAGCAAGGACUAUUUAGAAGCUAAUGCACCGUUGUCAACUGGGAUAACUGCCGUACUUGUUGCGCUUCAAUGGGGAUACUUCAAUGAAUCAAACUUAGGUAAAAUUAUCUCAAUUUUGCUUGUUUAUGUUGGCGCAGCUCUUGUAGUGUUUGGAGGCUCUUGGGUGUGUUGGCGAUGCAAAACUAGAAAAAGAAGAAAGGAGAUCAAACUUAGACAAAAGUACUUCGAGAAAAAACUUAUAGUACAAGGGUCUUCCAAUAUAGAUGAAAGUAAGAAAAUUAAACUCUUCUCAUUAACGGAAUUAAAGAGAUUCACAGACAACUUUAGCAAUGAUCGCGUGCUUGGACAAGGAGGUCAAGGUACUGUCUACAAAGGAAUGUUAAAAGAUGGUCAAGUUAUUGCAGUUAAAAGAUCAACAUCCCUCAAUGAAAGCCAAUGGAAAGAAUUCAUCAACGUGGUAAUUCUAUUAUCUCAAAUCAAACAUAGACAUGUAGUGAAGAGUCUUGGGUGUUGUUUGGAAGAUAACAUACCUCUUUUAGUGUACGAGUUCAUAUCUAAUGGAACUCUUUCGGAACACAUCCAAAAAUCCAUUGACGGGUUUAUAUUCACAUGGGAAAUUCGUCUGAGAAUUGCUUUCGAAACUGCUACUGCAAUCACUUACUUGCAUUCAGAGUUUUCAACACCAAUUUACCACAGAGACAUUAAAUCUAGCAACAUUCUAUUGGAUGACAAGUUUGGAGUAAAAUUGUCGGAUUUUGGAAUUUCUAGAGCAGUUUCUAUGGAACAAACUCAUUUGACUACUGCUGUCCAAGGAACGUUUGGUUAUUUGGAUCCUGAAUAUUUCUACACGGGCCAAUAUUCUGAAAAGAGUGAUGUUUACAGCUUUGGAGUAAUUUUGGUCGAGCUUCUAACAGGACAAAAACCAAUCCGUGCACUAAGACCAAUAAAUGAAGAUGAAGAAAUCAAACAUGAAAAAGAAACAAGCUUGGCUAAGUAUUUUGUUUCAUCAAUGAACGAUAACACUCUGGUUGAAAUUGUUGAUCCUUUGGUAUUAAAGGGUAGUAUAAAAGAGGAUGUUUUGGAAUUUGCUUACCUGGCAACACAAUGCUUAAAUCCUACAGGACAAGAAAGGCCGACGAUGAAAGAAGUUACAAUGGUACUCGAAAGGCUAAGGCAUCCAAAUUUAACUUGUAAGCCACCUUUCGAACCAAAUGAUGAAUCUGAAGAUUGGACAACACGGAGUUCUAGUAUGAUCACAUCGUCGUCCAUGGAAACAGGCAAUGCUUUUCCAAUAUCUGUGACUUAUGAGCAUAUUACUACGAAUUCGGAUUCUGCUGAGGUUUGA